CGUGUCCGGGGGCGUGUCCGGGGCGUGAGGCGGCCAUGGCGCGGGUGCUGGUGGUGGGCGCGGGGCUGACGGGCGCGGCGGCCGCGGCGCUGCUGCGCGGGGCCCCGCGGGGACAGGUGGCCGUCUGGGACAAGGCGCGGGGCGCAGGGGGCCGCAUGAGUACGUCCCGCGCCGACCGCGGCAGCGCCGACCUGGGCGCGCAGUUCGUCACCUGCGAGCCGGAGCUUGCGGGGCCGCGGCUCAGCUUCUAUGAGGACCUUGUGUCUCAAGGCAUCCUGAAGCCGCUGACCGCUCCCGUGGAAGGAAUGGUGGUGAGAGAAGGCUCCCGAAAUUACGUGGCACCCCAGGGCAUCUCUUCGGUCGUCAAGUACUAUUUAGAACAGUCAGGUGCAGAUGUGUCCUAUGAGCAGCAGGUAACUCACAUCUCCCUGCGGGAUGGGAGGUGGGAAGUCUCCAGGAAAGCGGGGCCCCCGGAACAGUUUGAUGUGGUAAUUCUCACCAUGCCUGUCCCACAGAUUCUCCAGCUGCAAGGUGACAUUGUGAACACUCUCCCCCUGCCUGUUGGUGACAGUCACGACGCCGUGUUUGCUGCUUCAGGCACUGAAACACCAGCAGUAAUUAAUGAAAGUCAAAAGCAGCAACUGGAAUCUGUGAGCUACUCAUCCCGCUACGCCCUGGGACUGUUUUAUGAGGCUGGGACAGGGAUUGCUGUCCCCUGGGCUGCUCAGUACAUCACUGAUAAUCCCUGCAUACGCUUCAUCUCCAUCGAUAACAAGAAGCGCAAUAUAGAAUCUCCUGAAAUUGGGCCCUCAGUCGUGGUGCACACGACAGUGACCUUUGGAAGUGAGCACCUGGACUCAGACCCUGCAGAGGUGCAGCAGAUCAUCCUCAGCCACCUGCAGAGGAUUGUGCCCUCCCUGCCCGAACCCAGCAGCAUCAAGUGCCAGAGAUGGAGAUACUCCCAGGUUACAAGGGCUGUGCCCAAUUGUCCAGGACAGAUGAUUCUUCACACUCAGCCUCUCCUGAUCUGUGGGGGUGAUGGAUUCACUCGUUCCAACUUUGAUGGCUGCAUAGAGUCUGCCAUGAGCCUUGCACAGGCUGUGAAGCCUCAUUUACAGCAAUUUCAAAGUCAGGCUGCUAAACUUCCUCUAGAUUUGCUAUGAAUUUUGCUGUGAUGGAUUGAAUUUGAACAUCAUCUUACAAAAAACAAAUAAAGGAAGAUGUAUCGGUGUGCUGGAAUAAUUACUGGGAUGGAAUUAAAUUGAAUUUUCCAGGA